AAUCUGCAAACAUGGGAAAGUGUCGCGGUCUGCGUACAGCCAGGAAACUGCGUAACCAUCGUCGUGAACAGAGAUGGCAUGAUAAACAGUACAAGAAGGCCCAUCUCGGCACUGCACUGAAGGCUAACCCCUUCGGAGGCGCUUCCCACGCCAAGGGAAUCGUACUUGAGAAAGUAGGUGUUGAAGCUAAGCAGCCCAACUCUGCCAUUAGGAAGUGUGUCAGGGUCCAACUCAUCAAGAAUGGCAAGAAGAUCACUGCCUUCGUCCCAAAUGAUGGUUGCUUGAAUUUCAUUGAGGAAAACGACGAGGUUCUGGUGGCAGGAUUCGGUCGUAAGGGACAUGCCGUCGGUGAUAUCCCCGGUGUCCGUUUCAAGGUGGUCAAAGUGGCUAACGUCUCCCUGCUGGCCCUUUACAAAGGCAAGAAGGAGAGACCCAGAUCUUAAACAGUUCUUACUGUGAAAUCAAUAAAUUAUGUUUUCACAA